AUGUGGGGAAACCAACCAGUAGACUCAAUAAAGCUCUCCACCCAAAUAAAUAAGGUAUUUAUUCAACACAAGCAAGCUUGGCAAUCUAUUCUUGGGGAAAAAGAGAACUCCCCCUCAUGGAAGCCCCCUCCUCUUGGAUGGAUCAAAUGUAACUUUGAUGCAGCAGUGAAGCCUGAUAAGGUGGUGCUGGCAGUGGUUUGCAGAGACAGCAAUGGAUCCAUAGUAGUAGCUGAUUCUCAAGAAGAAUGCCCAGAUGAGCCCUUAUGGGCGAAAUCUAAAGCAACUCUCUUAGCAGCUAGUUUGGCUCGUAGAGAAGGUUUUGCUAGAGUUGUGAUCGAAGGAGAUGCCCAAUCAGUGAUAAAGGCUAUUCUAAACCCAUCUACAACUCCUCAUUGGUCCAUCAAUGCUAUUAUAGAGGAUAUCUGGCUGACUCUAAACUCUUUUGUAUGUUGGAAUGCCUCUUUUGUUUUUAGAGAUUCUAACUGUGUAACUCAUUCCCUUGCCCAAUGGGCUUACUUUUGUAAUAGUUUUGGAUCCCCUCCUCUCUCUGUUGUUUCUGGCUUGGUGGAAGGAGGUGAAGGCUAA